AUGCUCCCCGUGCAGUUGCAGGAAAAAUCUAACCAUGCCUGGGAAAAUUUCGUGAAAGCGCUGGCCCAGGUGAAGGCGCAGGACGCUGUGAGCCCAGUGAACCCACCCACCCCGCUGACCCUCUGGAUGCCCCGCGACCUGAGGAGGUUCUACCGGUACAGCGGCUCCUUCACGAUGCCUGCCUGCGAUCAGGUGGUCGUCUGGACCGUCUUCGAGACUCCCAUUCAUAUAGGACGGCGACAGCUGGAGCAUUGGAACCAACUGACGACGAAGUUCGGUCCGAGCAAGGCGGGUCCUAGCAAAUUAACGAACAACUUCCGACCCAUCCAGUCCAGGAACGGCAGGAGGAUCCUGUUCAACCAGGGACACGGUUUCCCACGCCAGUUUCCUUCACCCCGCACAGUCCCGGUGGAACUGAAGAUGCAGGUUGUUGCUUCGGAGGUUCCGAAGAUAUCCGGAGGAGGCUUACCUGGAGAGUACGUGCUCGACCAGCUCCGUUUCCACUGGGGGUCCACGGGGGACCGGGGCUCCGAGCACACCCUCUAUGGGGCCAGAUUCCCGAUGGAGAUGCACAUGGUGCAUCACAAUGCAAAGUUCCUGGGUUUGACCGAGGCGAUUGCCUCAGGGGAACCGACAGCUCUCGCAGUCCUCGGCUUUUUCUUCGAGGUGUCGGAGGAGCCGAACAAUCAGUGGAGUAAUCUGGUGGAAGCGUUGGGCCACAUGGAUGUGCAAAACGCAGAGCACCUGGUGUCCCCGCCCACCCCGCUGACGCUGUGGAUGCCGGAGGACCUGAGCGGCUUCUACCGGUACUACGGCUCGCUCACGACGCCGACCUGCGACCAGGUGGUCGUCUGGACGCUCUUCACGAGCCCCAUCCCCAUCGGCCGGGAACAGAUCGACUUGAAUUCUCACGAAAGACCCCAUGAGAAGGAAGACGACAAGCGCUUAGCGAAGGAGAAGAGCUUUCGACACAAAAAUGAGAAGGAAAAGCUGGAACAAUGGAACAAAUCGAAGACGAAAACGGACAAGCAGCUGACGGACAACUUCCGGCCCACCCAACCCCGCAACGGCCGGGAGAUCCUGUGCAACUUCCGAGAAUGCGCAAAAUCGUCCAGGAUCGCCAUUUACAUCGCUUCGACCACUGGGAUUCUCGCUUUUAUUGCUUUGGUGUUCUACAGCUCUUACCGCCGUCUUAAAAGAGUAUCGUAUGCUCGACUUUCAUAA